UAAAUUCAUGUUAAAUGAAUUAUCAAGUGAAAAAAUUGAUGUUGAAAUAUGACUAGCUCUUCUAAUGGAAACUUCAUGUUGCAAUCAACUUACAAUCACCUUUCUACACUAGUAAAAACCAACCAAUUCUAAAAAGGAAAAAGAAAAGAAGAAAAGAAGAAAAAACCAACCUUUCUACAACCCUUUUUUUUUUUAUCAUGUGUCAAACCCAUUUUUUCCCAUAAAAUUCAUAGGAGAUGGAUCACCGCUUUAGUGAAGGAAGUAACAUUAUACUUGAUUGCUUCUCAUGUCUUGACCCCAAGAACUCUUUCUCCAAGUUUGAUGUUGAUAAGCUUGCUCGUCUUGCUGAUAUUUAUCAUGCAGACUUUUCUGAUGAUGACCGAGGAACAAUUAGGGAUCAACUUGAAACUUAUGUGCUUCAAGUGAGAAGAAAUGCUUCUUUUUCCACUUGUGAAGAUGUUCAAAGUUUGGCUAUGAAGAUGGUUCAAACUGAGAAACAUUUGGUAUUUCCAUUGGUUUAUAAACUUAUUGAGCUAGCUUUGAUAUUGCCGGUGUCGACAGCAUCCGUUGAAAGAGCUUUUUCAGCAAUGAAGAUUAUCAAGUCUAAAUUGCGCAAUAAGAUCAACGAUGUGUGGUUCAAUGACUUGAUGGUAUGUUACACCGAGCGGGAGAUAUUCAAGUCACUUGAUGAUAUUGAUAUUAUUCGAACAUUUACCGCAAAGAAGUCUCGGAAAGGACACUUGCCUCGUAAUUUUAUUUAACCCGCUAUUGUAAGAUUAUGUUUAUCUCUUUUAUUUUAAACUAUAUUUUUGUUGACAAAAUGACGAGUCUCUUUUAUUUUGAUUGAUUACUAUUUACA